UGCUAAAAACAAGUACCCCAGACGAUUCAAUUUCAAUUCAAUCCUUCCAUGAAAAGAUAAAAUGAGUGUCCUCAAAAUCAACCUCCACCUUCAUCCCCACCGCCACCAGCUCACCCUCCGGCCGCCGAAGCCCCACUUCCUUUUCCUCACAUCCGGUGAACAGUGCGUUAAGCCUUCGCCUCCCGUUGUCGGACUUUUCUACUCAUCAUCCACCAAGCAUGUCAGGCAUCCCAGGUUCAAUGCGGCGGCUUCGUUUUCGAUCAAAAAGGAUAAAGACGAAGAAGAAAUUGAAGAUUUUGAGGAAUACCUAGCGGUAGACGGCCAAGUCUAUCAGAAGACGUUAAGAUUGGUGGAGUGCGCAAUGUUUGCCGCUGUUUCCGCUUUAGCUUUUCUAUUGAGUAACUCUCUCGCCAUUGAGAAAUAUUUUGCCUGUUUCUUUGCUUUGCCAAUCGUACUGUCCACUAUGAGAUGGGGUAUUGCAGCUGGCCGCAAAACAAUGGUCGCAACAACUGUGCUAUUAUUUGUCCUAUCUGGUCCGGUGAAAGCAAUUACAUAUUUGUUAUUGCAUGGUUUUCUGGGCUUCACCAUGGGCACCUUGUGGAGGUCAAAGGCAAAUUGGCGUACCUCAGUUUCCUUGUGCGCAAGUGUUCGAGCUAUAGGAGCUCUGGCUAAUGUUGUCAUCGCCUCAUAUUUAAUCGGAGAGAAUAUACUAGCAUUGAUUACGAUAAAUGUUCAUGCCCUCGUCACGUACGUCCUCUCAUCCAUAGGCAUCAUUGCAGUUCCUUCGAUGAAUCUCAUAUACUGCAUCUUUGGGUUUCUGCUUUUGCUGAACUGCGGUUUCUUUGUGUUCUUGCUGCAUCUUUUGUAUUCCAUAUUCUUGACAAGGCUUGGUUUGAAGGCUUCACUUAAACUGCCAAAAUGGCUGGAGGCUGCAAUAUAAUGGAUGUUUCGUGCCUUCGCAGAUAACAAUUGUUGUACAAUGUAGCCCCUAUUCAAUAUUCUUAGCUCAUGCUCCAAAAUUCAUUGAAUUUCAGUGAAAUUAUAACUGUUUGGAAGCUUUGAAGCUUUGUAAGAUUUUUUAAAAAAACAUCUGUAAUAAUUUAAUUGAAAUAGAGUCGGAACAGUAAUAUAAUACUGUUAUGUAUA